ACUCGGUGCUUUUUAGUGAGCUACGUGCCCAGUCCUCUCUUUACUGUUAGAGUGGAGGCUGCCCUCGAACUCCUGAUCUUUCCUCCCACCUCCACCUCUGGAGUGCUAGGGUCAUAGGCAUGUACCACUCGCAGGCAUGGCUCUUCUAUCUUUCGAGAGAGAGUCUCGCUGUGUAGCCCAGGCUAUCUGGGAAAUCGGUUUCCCAGAUGCUAGGAUGACAGUUGUGCCCGCUGCAUCCAGCCCAGCCACUGUUGCAUUUCUAGGAUGACAGUACUGCUGCAUACAGCCCAGCCACUGUUGCAUUUCUAGGAUGACAGUACUGCUGCAUACAGCCCAGCCACUGUUGCAUUUCUUGGCUCAGGUGCUUCCUUCCAUGGCCACUGAAACCCAAACUUAUUCCUAGUGUUGGCACUUGGAUGCUGUUUUCCUUUUCCAAGUGACAUUCCUGGGGUCACCCUUAUCUCCUGACAGGCCCAGUGAUAUAUUUUAUCCAGGCCAGCCGGGCGUUGCUCAGGGAGAGUGCUUUACAUUCUUGGGUGGUGACAUGGCUGAUUGGUUCUUGGCCUCAGCUGCUACCUUGAAAACUGGGUCCUGAGCAGCCUUGGAGGGAGGGAGGGGAGAGGCUUCCUCUCAGUGGCACCAGGGGAAACCCACUCCCGCUUCAGCCGCCCCUGGCUGAGAAAAGGGGCUAAUUCCUAGGGAUGCCCCUGUUCACUGAGCAUCCUACCCCACUCUCUCUGGCCUUUUGGACCUGGGUUUAAGGUGCCAUCCACCCAGGGCAGGCAGGAUAUGCAUGGCCUUGUGGUUAGGGGCAGAGCUCGUGUUCAGGGGACCUGUUUCAAACUUGAUUCUGUGACAUACAAGUGACCUUUGGUUUUGAAAGCCAAUGUUUUUGUUUCUUUUCCUUUUGAGAUAGAGUCUCACAUAGCCCAGGCUGGCCUUGAACUAGUGAUUCUCCUGCCUCAGCCUCCCCAGUGCUGAGAUGACAGAUAUGCCCCUCAUGUCAUUUUAUGCUGUGCUUUGGAUGAAACCCAGGGCUUCGAACGUGGGAGAUGGCCUCGCUCUAGCUUAUGCCGGCUACAGCCUGCAGCAAUUCUGCCCCAGCCUCCUGAGCGCCGAGGUGUCCAGGAGUGGACAGCAUGCACUGCCACGUCCAGCACCACUUGGAUUCCUUUGCCUCCAACGUCCUUGGUUUGAUGUUGCCCAUAUCCACUGCUGGGUCUUAGGGUAUAAAAGUCAGCAAAACCUCUUCCUUCUCGGGAAUGAUGGGAUUCAGCAAGCUCCAGCUUCCCCUUGGGCUCUGAUGCUCUAAAACCCAGAUUGGCUAUGGCUGUGCCUUUUCAGGUUGGCCUUCCAAGAAGGGGAGUCCCAGUCCUUGGCUAUCGCCUAGACUCCCUUUUCCUGUUUUGAUGCUGGCUCAACCAGGCCCGGAGACAAGAGUGCGAUGCCUUAAUCCUAACUGAAUCCGAGAUGGAUGGAAGCCCACUGACUCUUGCGUCUGCCAUGAGCCCUUCCCGUCCUGAUUGGCCCCACAUGGCCCACACUCUAGGGCAUGACCUACAAGAGACUCUCUUCUGGUGUCCCUGCACUUCCCAGCAAAAGCAGGUGGGGUGGGGACACAGAUUGGUGGCCAGCUCUGGGCUUUGUUUCUGGCUGAUGUUUAUGGCACUCAUAAAUCAGGGGCAUCGGAAAUGGAUCUAUGGAAUGUCUGGGUGGGUAAGCCAUCAAUUCUUAGGGGUGAGGAUGUGGGGACAAGGUGGGUGGAACCCCAGUGGCUUCCCUAAGCCAUGGUGCUGGCAGUGAGUUUAAUCCCCAGAACAGGCAGUGAAUAAAUUGAGGGGACCAGGGUCUCGGCGUCCUGGGACCUCCCUGUCACAAUGGCUGCAGGAGGACUAACACUCACGUUUCUGCUGCUCCUGUCCUUGCACCUGAACCUGGGCCUCAGGUGGGGCUCUGAUCCUCAAGGGGCUGCAACGGCAGAAGAGAUCUCAUCUGACGAGAUGGCAGAGACUGGAGGGACCUGGAAGCCGCAGGAGGGUAACAACCAUGUCCGCCUUCCAAGAGCUCUGGCUGGUCCAUGCCAGCUGUGGAGCCUGACACUGCCGGUGGCUGAGCUGGGCCUGGGCUAUGCCUCAGAGGAGAAGGUCAUCUUUCGAUACUGUGCUGGCAGCUGUCCCCGAGAGGCCCGUACCCAGCACAGCCUGGUGCUGGCCCGACUGCGUGGGCAGGGUCGGGCCCAUGGUCGACCCUGCUGCCGGCCCACCAGCUAUGCUGAUGUGACCUUCCUCGAUGACCGUCACCGCUGGCAGCAGCUGCCUCAGCUCUCAGCGGCUGCUUGUGGCUGUGGUGGCUGAAGGUGGCCAGCUCUGUGUCUCAGAAUCAGAAGCAUGAGGCAACCUGGGCUUUGAAGGGCUCACGUAACGUUUAUUAGAAACCUGUCUAGGUGAAGAGGAGAAGGAAGAGACCCGGGAC